AUGGAGCGGAGCGUCAAGGUGCAGGCUCGACCAUGCCAUCCACUUGUGUCCUCUCACGCCUCCGGUCUUCUUGAGUCUGUCUUGACACCGGGUCCAGGUGUGGGAGGAGGGGAGAGUGCGGUAGAUGCAGCACAAGUCCACCACCACUAUAAACUAACUCGCGCGCAAGUCACCGUCCCUGUCCCGCCUUGCACACGAUUAACAUCGUCGAAACCGACGGUCGAACUCUUGUGUGCUAGUGCAUACAACCCAACGGUGUUUUACGAUUCCUGUAUGAAAAAUGGUAUUUCGAGUGCAAUUCAGAGCUCCACAAUCAGCAAGUUUAUGUGACUCAAAGGCUAUUAUAUGAAUUGCCGUUUGUGAUAUUCCGGCCUAAAUGCGAUCAGAGCGGAACCACGCAGAAUCUUUAAACUUACUCGUAAGCUUUACAGGCAUUUGCAACGGCCGCUGGAUGAUGAGAUGCACAACUGCUGUGGUCAAAGUUUACACGAUGGGGAUAAGCUGAAAAUGAGGUUACGACCAAAGUUCACGUAGGUUGAAGACAAACUUGUGGGAUCUUUGAAUAAACAUGUAGCACCGUAUAGUUGUUGUUUGUGUUUUGAAAAUGUGGGGAUCCAUGCGAUACGUUUACAAACCCUUGAAAUGGCCCACUUGGCGGAAAACACUUUUAGUUAAUCUUAUAGGACUUGAGGUCAUGUGUUUGUUAAGGCUCUGUGGACUGUCGCAGUGGUAUCCGUCUAAAUAAGGGUACUGGGUAUCUGGCAGGAAGGAUGUUCCGGUUAGUGUUGGGAAUGCGGGAAGCUUCAUCAAAAGGGGGGGGGUGAAAAAGGAACCUAAUCUGCCUGAUAAAAAGUUCCAAAAUAAAGCCAGAAGUGCUUUUAACAUGUUAACUGCGACGUCUACGGCUCCUUUUUAGCUCAAUCGGAAUGUAAGAUCUUCAUAACAAAUUCGGAAGUUUACUUUUAAUGGUUUUCAUGAAACUCAUCAAAAUAAUCUGUGAAUAUUAUUUUGGGGGAAAAGAAUAUGGGAACGAUCAUUUCUAGUCAGGCAUAUUUCAGUGUGAACAGGCCUGGUCACCCGAUCAAGGAGAAUGUCAACUUAUUUUCUCGAUGUUGGUUUGAGCUCUCGAAGAAAAUACUCAGAGGAGAUGAGAAAACAAUGAAUCCCACGAGGUUGCUCUAGACCGGCUUGUAAACGUUUGAAUAUCAAUCUUCCAUCGAAGGUCCCUUUAUCCAGUACCACGGUAUCAACUAAAGCAGUACAACUGCCUAUGCACGCGGAGAUAUUUUUCUUUUUCUUGAAUAUUACGUAAUGUCAGUUGUUGUUCUGAGCAGUGAUAAGCAAAUGGUCAUCUUUAUAGUAGUCAAAAAAGCCACUAAAUUUCUUAAAACAGAAUGCUUUAAAUUUGAAUGUUGUUAAAGCACGAUCGAGACCUUGCCUGCUAGUGAAGUCUUAAGUUCCUUGAAAUUCAGUUUAGCCGAAAAUGCAUUAACCCCUUCCUCGUUUACAUAAGCAAAUGCAUCUUGCCUCAAAAAACAUUCCGCAACAUUCCGCAAAACUGCAUACUUCGCGCGAAAAAUAACAAAAUGCAAAUUCUACAUGAUACUUGUGUUCAAUUAGACUAUGUAAAAACUCUCAACAGUCCGAAAUCUUGAAAAUUAGAACAUUAUGCACCUCCAGUUUGCUGGUUUCAGUCAUUAUACACAAAAUAAAUAGGAUAAAUGGGGUCUUUAUAGGCACCAAAAAGCAACGAAGAAAGUUUAUUCGUCUUGAAUGAUGAGGGAAUGGCCUUAACCAACAUUAACUGAUUUUUGAGCGGAAUUCGGAACUUCAGUUUGAAAUUUGGCUCCAGGGUAGAGCCUUCAUAUGAGGCCGCAAAGCGUAUAGCGAGUAAACGUUUUAAGGUUUUGCUGACAAAAGCAAAGAAGAUUGCAAAGGCGGUGUUCAUUUCACCUGAUGACACAGACAGCCAUUUGAAAUAUUCACGCCCUGGGGACUUCAAAAAUCCCUGGUCUACAUGGUCAUGGGUCAGAUAUGUCAACUUAAAUCGCCUUCAUUUUUUUCGCUGCCACUCCUCAUAUUUUCCGUUUGCUCUAUUUCCUUUGUUGGCCAAGUCUACAAACGAUAGGCGUCUUCGUUAAUUUUUACUGAGAUUCAUGCUAGCGUAUGGACUUGAACCUUCUAAUCUACAAACCUCAGAAAAUUCUCAAAAUAAACCGAACCUUGUCCAUAACUUUCCCCAGCGAAAUCUCGUUAGCAAUACUGCCAUCCGCAAAGCCUUUAAAAUAGACAUGUGACUAGUACUGCGUCAGUUGUAUACAUGAGUUGACCACGAAGAAAUGGGAUCUUCGACUAAUAGGGCAUACACUCUUCAAAGCCUGGGUUAUGGAGAGUGCUCAGCGAUACGCAUUCUGGAUACGCCGAACAAAUUCCUUUCUGUGCACGCACUGCCAUCUACGAUCGAACCUGACGGUCAGAGUCAGGGAACAGCUUACUUUUUGACGCAAAUAUGGAUACCGUUAAAAUGAUCAGUCCACAGGAAUUUUGGUUAAAGCGUUACUUUUAUUCUAAGUAUACUUACGUGUUUUUAUAUAACCCCCACAUGCUACCGGUACUAUCCAUAUGUAAUGCAUCAUUUUCAUUUCUCGAAAACCUAACUUAAGAGUCUUUCUGAAUUACGGGGAGAAUGAAAUGAGCGACGCAGUCAAUCCGACCUUAUCCGCAACAUGAAAUAUAGUAAGGGACACAAUAGGUUACAGUAAAUACAAAAACGAGUUGCAAACACUUGUGAGCAUCUUUAUGUAAUAUCUCCCGACAAAAUUAUCCUGUCAUCGAAUCAAAAGUUACUUUCAACGUUAAGGGACAUUUUGGAUGCAAUUAAUACUUCGCAUGGUUUGAUCAGUCUUCUCAUAAUCUCCAAAACGUCCUUAAAACUGCGUGUACAGGACAGAUAUAUUUCAAGUUUGACUUCCGCUGUUAAUCAGCCCAAAUAAUUAAUGUAGGCGGAAGGCGAAGAAAAGGAUUCCUACGCAGUCCAUCAAGUAGUUCAUUGAAAUUCUUACAACAAAACCUGCCACACGUCUAAAACGUCCCAGCGAUUGGAGUAAUUGACACGCCAAUAGGUUAACAGGGACUAUUCAUUGGUCAAAAUAGGACUACUUUCUGAUUGGCUACUGGUUCACUGGCAUAAGAGACUCGUCAGACCCUCUACAAAUCAAUCUCUUGGGGCGUUUCCGUGUGCCGCACGAGGACAAACCGACCAGAGUUGUCAAUGAAAAAAGUCGUGGAAGCGAACCUUCAGAACCGCAACUUGUAAUAAUGAGUAGAGCGUAUUCGUCCUUUUGUCCGGCGUUCAACCAUAGUGCAGAGCAGGACGAGAUUCCUACAAUUGCCCUCGCAGCGUGGAAGUAUGAAGAAGUCCUGAUCUACCUCACUUUUAUUCUUUUUAUUCUGACAGUGGUUUUACUAAAGAUCGUUUAUCAUAAAAUCCCUCUGGUGGCGGCCUAUCUCCCCGAAUCCUUGCUCUUGAUCGGGGUAGGGCUGAUUUUUGGGGCUAUUCUGAGGUACACAGAUGCAUUUUGCGUAUUUGCCGAACACCUACGACUAACACCCCAAUUGUUCUUUAACGUCCUUCUACCUCCAAUUGUCCUGGAAUCGGCCUACAGUUUGUACAAUCAAAAAUUUGCGCAGAUUUUGGGUCCCAUUUUGAUUUUCGCCUGCUUAGGAACCGUCCUCAACUUCCUCCUCAUUGGGGCAGGCCUUCUGGCAGUGGAUCAGGCCAUUGGGCUCGGUAAUCCCGAACUGGGUCUCAAUUUCCGGGAGUUUCUUUUGUUUGCCUCUCUCAUAGUUGCGGUGGACCCUGUGGCUGUACUGGCCAUAUUUCAGGAUAUCGGCGUGGAUCUGAGUCUCUAUUACCUCGUAUUCGGAGAGUCUCUCCUAAACGAUGCAGUUACUGUGGUACUCUACAACAUCAUGAGCGCCUUUGUGGCGACAGAGGAGGUCACACCUGCGCAAAUUGUUAUUGGCAUUGGAUCCUUCUUUACUGUCAGUCUUGGUGGAGCUAUGAUAGGUCUCAUCCACGGCGUCCUAUCUUGUCUCCUCACGCGUAUGAGCGUGGCCUCGGAGGGCCUACUGCUUCUCCUCAUCAGUUACCUGUCCUACAUUGUUGCCGACAUGUUUGCCUGGUCAGGAAUCAUUUCGAUUAUCGUAUGUGGCGUGAUUCAAGCCGCCUAUGCCUUCCACAAUCUAACACAUCUCUCUGUCAUGCUGAUGAAGGCUGCGUUGAAACAGAUCUCUGCUAUCAGCGAAGCAAUUAUCUUUCUGCUCCUCGGGUCGGAGGUUUUUGCUCUCAACCUUCAAUGGCACACCGGACUGACGCUUACUGCCCUGGUUAUUUGUCUUAUUGUGCGAACCCUAGUGGUCUUCACCUUAUCUGCGACUAUCAACGCAUGCCGGCUCAUUGACAGCAAGAUCGAGUGGACAGAGCAAAUCAUAAUCAGCUACGGUGGUCUGCGCGGCGCUGUGGCGUUCUCGCUCGCAAUUCUCGUCAAUUCCAAUUUUUUGGGGAACAACGGAGACCUGGCACGGGAUUCCAUCGUCACAACAACCCUAGCUAUCAUCUUGUUCACAGUUGCGGUAAUGGGUACAACCAUGAAGCCCUUAGUAAAACUCUUGCGCAUUCGGCUUGACAGAGGUGAGAAGAAAACACUAUUUGUGACGCUUAACGACUCCAUGCUGGACAAUGUUCUCCUCUUUGUAGAGCAGUUAAUCUCUCGUCGAGGCUACAAUCGAAUCAGGCACUUUUUCGUAAAACUCGAUGACAGAUACAUCCGACCAGCGCUUCAGCGGAAUGCUGUCACACACGACAAGAAGAUACUAAAAACAUAUGAGAAAAUGGCACUAAAGAUGCACUCAGAGGCGAUUUCUUCACACAAGGCGAUCGGUACUGCAGCUCCUGUGGAGGAUGCGGAAGAAACAGUGGACAUCUUGAGGCCGCUCAUCCAAGUCGAACGUCCCUCAGAAUCCGAAUCAACCUCCUCAGUCUCCUCACCAGAGGCUGAAGUGGACGUAAUGGGUGUUGGGUUGGAUCCGGUUAUACUGAGGAACCGUGGUGCCGCAAGGAUGCAGCGUCGGUUCACUCUUGCUUCCCUAUCCCGAAACGCAACCGAGGCCGGGCUUCGGUCGCCGCAAAGGCAGGUAGCCGACUGGGCCCAAGUGGCGCAAAUUGCCAAGGUGUAUCGCAAUCAGGCUCAUCUGGCACACGCAAUGGACAGAUAUAUUAAACGGCAGAUGUCCAUUUCGCGGAGCCUGGACGAGCCCGAAGGAGCAAGCAGUGCUACUGAGCGACGCAUUCGUUUUGCUCGACAACACGACGAGCACCGUAAAUCGAUGCCUGCGAAACUGGGUCGUGCUCUGCUGAGAAGUAGGACCAAGAACGAUGACCCCACAACUCAACUGUAA